AUGGAAGCCGGCUCUUUUCUUCCUUCAACGAAACUGCCAGUCGAUUUUUCAGUUUCAAGUGUCGAUGAUGUUAUCACGAUACUCAAAUCUGAUUAUCAGAAUGCUUAUUUUGUUACAGGGAUUUUUUCCUCUGAAAUUUAUGCUGAGGACUGUAUCUUUGAAGAUCCAACUAUUCGAUUUCGAGGUAAGGAAUUGUAUUCACGCAACUUGAAAUUGCUUGUUCCUUUCUUUGACUCUCCAUCUGUUGGAUUGGAAAAAAUUGAGAAGGAUAUCACCGCUGAACCAAAUUUUGUGGUGGCAACUUGGAAACUGAGGACAUACCUAAAACUUCCAUGGAGGCCUCUCAUUUGCAUCGACGGAAGUACGGUCUAUGAAUUAGAUGACGAGUUUAGAAUUGUCAGGCAUGCUGAGAGUUGGAGCGUUUCUGCACUUGAAGCAAUUCGCCAGAUAUUCACGCCUAGUCUUGGAAGGCCUGAUGAAUGAAAGGGCCCCAAACCCAAAUAAAUGUCAAUAUUAGUUGUCAGGGAUACAAUAGCAAUAACAAAAGGUUCUUUUGGAGUGAUAAAAUAGGAAUGUCAAAAUUCAAAACAGCCGUAGAAAAGUAAGUAUAUGUUAAGACAUAUCUCAUGCAGAAAUUUCUCUGUCAUCAUUGUUUGCCGGCCACUGGCCAGAAUUAAAUAAAAAUAAGUUU